GCACUCGCUUGACUCCUAUUGCAUACAAAUUACAUAUAUUUUUCCUCAAUUUCUCCGCUGUGAGAAACGAAGAUCCAAGCAAAAACUCAACCAUUUUAUAUAAAUUUAGGGUAUUCCUCUUAUAUAUUGCCUAUACUUUCUACUAUAUAUAUCAUAUAUUUAUAUAUAUACACAGAGAUAGUAGAUGUGUAUAUAUAUGUAUAGAGAAAUGAGGUUAUGAGAAGGAGUGGCAAUGUCGGGGGGCGAAUACAGUGAUCGUAAUAUACUGUUGCGAUCGAAUUCGUCGGCUUCAGAUGGCGAUUUGGAAGGUCAAGGAUCGCCGAAGAGUAACAAAGGCUUUCAAGAUCUGCUGAAGCGGUUGGAUCGAGGGUUUUCGGGACGACGUCUCAGCAUCAAGCGUUCGGAUAGGGACACUUCUUCUUCUUCAAAUCAUGGCGACAGUAACGGCGGCGUCAUCAACGGCAGCGAUGAGAUCCUCGGUGAUAGUGCUCCGCCGGAAUGGGCGUUGCUGCUCAUUGGCUGCCUUCUUGGCCUAGCUACUGGUCUCUGCGUUGCCGCCUUCAACCGUGGGGUGCAUGUAAUACAUGAAUGGGCCUGGGCUGGUACUCCAAAUGAUGGAGCUGCUUGGCUUCGUUUACAGAGGCUAGCUGACACGUGGCAUCGGAUACUUCUAAUACCAGUCACAGGAGGAGUUAUUGUUGGCAUGAUGCAUGGUUUACUUGAAAUAUUAAACCAAAUAAGGCAGUCCAGCUCUUCCCAAGGACAGGGUUUUGAUUUUCUUGCUGGAGUAUUCCCCAUAGUGAAGGCCAUCCAGGCUGCUGUAACAUUGGGGACUGGUUGUUCUUUGGGUCCUGAAGGCCCUAGUGUAGAUAUUGGAAAAUCAUGUGCUCACGGAUGCUCAGUAAUGAUGGAAAAUAACAGGGAAAGGAGAAUAGCUCUUGUUGCAGCAGGUGCAGCUGCUGGGAUAUCUUCAGGUUUUAAUGCAGCAGUAGCUGGUUGUUUCUUUGCUAUUGAAACUGUUUUAAGGCCUCUUCGUGCAGAAAACUCUCCUCCAUUUACAACUGCAAUGAUAAUAUUGGCAUCUGUUAUUUCAUCUACUGUAUCAAAUGUUAUCCUUGGGGAGAAACAGGCUUUCACAGUGCCCACGUAUGAUUUGAAAUCUGCUGCUGAACUACCUUUGUACCUGAUUUUGGGUAUGCUAUGUGGGAUAGUAAGUGUAGCUUUCACUCGCUUGGUAAAUUGGUUCAGCAAGGCAUUUGAGUUUAUAAAGGAAAAAUUUGGCCUUCCAGCUGUCGUAUGCCCUGCAUUAGGUGGUUUAGGAGCUGGCAUAAUAGCUCUCAAGUAUCCUGGCAUACUUUACUGGGGUUUCACUAACGUUGAUGAAAUCCUACAUACCGGGAAGAGUGCUUCAGCACCUGGAAUUUGGCUACUAGCUCAGCUAGCAGCUGCAAAAGUUGUGGCAACGGCUCUGUGCAAGGGAUCUGGGCUUGUAGGUGGCCUAUAUGCACCAAGUUUAAUGAUUGGUGCUGCUGUGGGUGCUGUUUUUGGGGGUGUAGCUGCAGAAUUAAUCAAUUCAGCCAUUCCUGGAAAUGCUGCUAUUGCCCAACCACAGGCAUAUGCACUGGUUGGGAUGGCUGCAACAUUAGCUUCAGUUUGUUCAGUACCCUUGACAUCAGUUCUACUUCUGUUUGAGCUGACAAAAGAUUAUAUGAUCUUGCUUCCUCUCAUGGGGGCUGUUGGAUUAGCAAUAUGGGUGCCCUCUGUGACAAACCAGUCGAAGGAGAAUGAGACAUCUGACGCAAAGAGUUUGCCAAGUGGCUAUUCUGUCCUUCGGCCAGUUGAAGAUAAAAACGAAGGUAUUUGGAGACAAUCUGGUGAUGCAAAUGAUCUAGAACUCUCUGUUAUAAGGAAUUCUGCUAACAAUGAAGCAAUUGAUGAAGAUAUAUUUCUGGACGAACUAAAGGUUUCUCAGGUCAUGUCAAAGAACUAUUUGAAGGUUUCUCUGACCCUAACCUUGAAGGAGACAGUAAAAUGUAUGCAUGAUGGCCAACAGAAAUGCGUGCUUGUGGUUGAUGCUGAAGAUUUUCUAGAAGGAAUUUUAACAUAUGGCGACAUUAAACGGUUUCUAUCCAAUAAGUCUGGUGAUGCUCCUGAGGUAAAUACUUGUCUUGUUUCUUCUAUCUGCACUCGAGGAAUAAACUAUCGUGGGCGUGAGUGUGGACUUCUGACUUGUUAUCCAGAUACUGAUUUGACAAUUGCUAAGAAGCUAAUGGAGGCAAAGGGGAUAAAUCAGUUGCCUGUGGUUAGGCGUGGUGGAGAGUUCCAAAAAGAACGAAAGCGCAGAAUUGUUGCUAUUCUUUAUUAUGAUUCAAUCUGGAACGCUCUCAGAGACGAGAUCGAUCACCAAAAAUCACUAUAUCAGCAGAGAAAUGACAAUCUUGAGUUGGUGAUAACAAAUGGUCAUUAGUGCAAUCAUAGAGCGUCAAAAAUCAAGUUUCACGAAACUGAAGUUGGAAGUAAAGAUCGUCAUUCAUUUUUGGGAAUCCAAAUGUGUAUUCUUGGGCGUGUUUUAUUAAUAGAUAAGAUCGUCGUAAUGAUGAAUCUGACAUACGAAAUCAUUCCUUAUGUAAUUUAGCCACAGCAUAUUUGUAUAUGUAGAUCACUCACAAUUUAGUUGUUAGCAGACAUUUGUUUGAGAAAAAUGAAAAUACGCAUCAAUAGUAAAACCGAAAGCUGUAUUUUCUGUGGAAAA